AAUCUAGGCACACUUCCACUGAGUUAUUGCUCCUCUGAACACACAGACGUGUUUCAUUAAAAGGAGCGACAACCCUCUGAUGAAAAGCUUCUGUUUGCACACUUAAUGUGUCAGAAAUGCACAGAAUUAAGCACCCAGACUUUGUUCAUUUUGCGUACCUCUCCAAUUGGUCUGUGUGAAAUGCAAUUAGCAACUCUGAUGGCUUCCUGAGGGCUGCAGCAGUGCACAGCACCACACACACACACUGCUCUGCAAUAAAGACCUCUGCUCAGUGACACACUGCAUGCUGUUCAAAUUAAAGACCUCUGAUCAAUGAAAUGAAGUUAUAUGUGUGUGUGUGUGUGGUCUCAUUUCAUUUCUAGUAAAGGUGACUUAAACUGUGAGUUUACUGUCUCCCCCACACUUACAUGCUCUACAAGUGAAGUCUCUCCACCCAGGCUCUGUGCAUUGGAUUAGAAUAGACUGUUCAGACAAUCACAAUAAAACCUGUCUCCAGGCACACUGCACAGCAGUAUAGUGCUGCAAUGUCACAUGAAACUAUGAAAGCCAAACUAGCAGCUGUAGUAAUUAAAUGGUCACUCUCUCCCUCCCUCCUUUUCUCUCUUUCCUCCAUCUGUAUCUCCUUCUCCUAUCCCUGACCUCUUUCUCUCUCUCAAUCCUCCUCCCUCUCCAUCUCUUUCCCCCAGAGUAGAGCAUGAGAAAGAGUGUUGUUCUGUUGAUGAGAGACCAUUGGAAAUGGGGGAGAGGAGAGGAGGAAGGAAAGACUAGACUGGUACUGAAAAAAGAGAAGAGAGGGAAAGGGGAGUGGUGGAGGCUAAAGGAGAGGGGGAAUGAUUGGAGUGGGGAAGAGGGAGGGAGAGGAGGGUAUGAGAGAGAGAGAGAGGGGGUAUCAUGUGACAGUAGGUGUAUUGAAUCUUGACAAUAGAUCUCACAGUCUACGCCUUUCCAGCAUCAACACAGAGCGAUCGAGAGAGAAAGAGAGAGAGAGAGAGAGAGAGAGAGAGGCAGACUGUUUCAUUGGAUUCCAGAGUUUUGGAAACUUCUGUAGUCUCAAACAGAAACAUCUGAGAAGAGAAGAGUGAUAGAGCGAAGAAACGAUGUGAAAAAACUGAAACUGAGCUGUGGCAGAAGAAACUGCUGAUCUGAUACCAGCAGGGACACAGAGAGAGAGAGACUGCAGUGAGGCUGUCGUGACGGCUUGUGCGUCGCGUGAUGAUGUUGUCCAUUUCUGUUGUAUAAUGAGACUGUACUGUUAUUAUUGUAUAGACAGAUCAUAGUGUUAGACUGUUGUGUUGGAGAGAGUGCUUGAGUGUAUUUCUGAGUGUAAGUGUAGGUGUAAGUGUGAGUGUGUGAGUGCGUUCCUGAGUGUGAGUGUCAGUGUCUCUGAGUGCCCUGCCCUGCCAUCAGGAUGAUGCAGCAGAUCCUCAGAGAUCUGUACAUCGACCCUGAACUGCUGACAGAGCUCAACGAUGAGCAGAAACAGAUCCUGUUCUACAAGAUGAGAGAGGAGCAGCUCCGACGCUGGAGAGAGAGGGAGAGGGAGGAGAGCGGCACGGAGAGGGUGAGGAGGGGGGACAGUGGGAAGGCGGUGCGUUGGCUGCAGGGACACGACGGAGAGGUGUGGGUCUGGGUGAUGGGCAAUGCCCCCGGAGACAGACCCUACGAGCAGAUUGCAGAGGAACUGAUGGCAGAGCGAGCGAGGAGACAGGCACAACUAGAGGCACAGGAACUGUGGCGUGAGAAGGAGGCCGAGAUUGAGCAGAAGUUCCGUGACGCGAUGGCAAAGGAGAAAGCACGCUGCGUGGCGGAGAGGUGGAGAGAGGAGACCAAGAUACAGGAGGAUCUGCGGCGGCGCGAGGAGGAGGAGAGGAAGCGAGGGGAGGAAGAGAUCCGGAGAGCAGAGGAGAGGAGAGCGAGAGAGCUGUACAUCUCCCUGACGCAGGAUAGACAGAGCGAGAGAGAAGAGGAUGGAGAGGACAAGGAAUGGCAGGAGCAGUUGCGCAGGUCCAAAGCUGCUGAUGAGGAUAUGAAGCACAAGGCCCGUCUCGCCCGAGCUGAGUACCAGCGCCAGUCCCUGCGAGCGAUCGAGAGGGGCCGGGUAGCUGGGCUCAGUGGACUCUUCCAGCAGACCCAGCUGAACGGAGCAGGUCAGAACCGGCGCCACAGCACUUGCCCUGUGCCCAGGGACCUGUCAACGCACACAGCCUCCACACCCCUGCCAUUGGCAGACAUCCAGGGGCCUGGCCCCAGCAGAGCCACUCCAAACCGCAGACACAGCACUAGCGCCGGGCUCCCCGCUGCAGACAGCCUUACCUGGUCUCGCCCCCCCCGGCCUGCCUCUCGUCUGUCGGUGCUUCGCUGGUUCAGAGAGGAGCAGCUGCCCAAGAGAGCUGGCUUCGAGAGGAACAGCGACCAGAUAGCACCCUGGUUCCAUGGUAUAAUCUCUCGGCAGGAGUCUGAGUCUCUCCUGAUGAAUUCCCUCGAGGGUUCCUUCCUGGUGCGUGUGAGCGAGCGGAUCUGGGGGUACACGCUCUCUUACCGGCAGCAGAGCGGCUUCAAGCACUUCUUGAUCGAUGCCUCGGGGGAUUACUACAGCUUCCUGGGCGUCGACCAGAAUCGCCAUGCCACGCUGGCCGACCUCAUCGAGUUCCACAAGGAGGAGGUGAUCACCUUGUCAGGUGGAGAGCGGCUGCAGGAGGCGUGUGGACAGAGAAAGGGGCGCAAUGAAUAUGGGGGGCUCUUCCAAUAAUGAGGGGACCCCUAAAGAUAUACACACCUCCCCCCCAGCUACACCCGAGAAACAGAAGGAACACAGUGACUAUGCUGGGCUCGUUCAAUAACCAGGAGACCCCAAGAUCAAAUGUUACUACUGUCAGUAUUUCUACAUAUCUGGAGUUGCUCAGUUUAUUCUUCUUCUGAUUGUUGUUUUGAUGUUUGAGUUUGUUUGUCAGCGGGUUGCAGGCAGGCGUCAAGAGUUUCUGAGUGAAAUGCUGGAAAGCGAUCCGAGAGACUUGGCCUCUUCCUCUAAUCCCAGCUCUCUCCACACACAUGUCCUCACUCCCAGUCUACAUAGAGGGGCAGCAGGGAAAGCCAAACUCUUUUGUGCUUUUCUGAAUCAAAGCAGAUCUUUUUUUGACUAGGAAAUAGCAGUGAGGAUCUCCAUGCAUUCAUGUCAGGGCUUUAAUUUGAAUGUAUCCUGUGGAAUGUCUCUCAGAGUGUCUCCAGUGUGUUUGUUGUCCUCCAGUAGUGACACAAUAAAAAAUAAAAGAGUU